AUGCGUGUCAUCAACAUCGGUCCAGACCCGUCUCUGGCAUAUCGGCCAAAUUUGGAGACGGAUAAACCCAAAGAAAAGGAAGACUACAGAAACUUCAAGAGUGGAAGUCUAAAUGACCGUGUGUUCAACACAUACAAGCUGAUGCACACCAAUCAGACGCUGGACUUUGUGAAACAAAAGCACUCUGUAUGGGCCGGCUGCAACCACGACCAAAAGAGGAUGAUGGACGCCAUCAUGUCUCUAGACCAGCUGGUGGACGAGUCCGAUCCUGAUGUGGACUUCCCCAACUCCUUCCACGCCUUCCAGACUGCUGAGGGCAUCCGCCAAGCACACCCAGACAAAGACUGGUUCCAGUUGGUGGGUCUGAUCCAUGAUGUUGGGAAGACAAUGGCUCUUUGGGAUGAACCCCAGUGGGCUGUAGUAGGUGACACCUUCCCAGUGGGCUGCAAGUUUCAAAACUCCAUUGUGUUCAGAGACAAUACCUUUAUGGAUAACCCAGAUGAGAAAACUACCAGCUACAAUACAGAAUACGGGAUCUAUGAAUCAAACUGUGGACUCGACAAAGUCCUCAUGUCCUGGGGCCAUGACGAGUAUCUCUACAGAGUUAUGAAGUUUAACAACUGCUCCAUUCCAGAGCAGGGGUUGUACAUGAUUCGCUUUCAUUCGUUCUACCCCUGGCACUCCCACGGAGACUACAUGCACCUGUGCAAUGACAAAGACCUGCGCAUGCUGCCCUGGGUCCAAGAGUUCAACAAAUUUGACCUGUACACAAAGAGCACCAAGCUCCCAGACGUCGACAAGCUGAAGCCGUACUACCAGUCUCUGAUCGACAAGUACUGUCCUGGAAUACUGAAGUGGUGA